AUGCAGGUGUUAGAGAGGAGAGUAAAGCUAUUUAUUGUAUUGUAAGCAGGGACUCCAUCGUUUAGAGAAGUGAAAACGUGUUGGUUUGCCGGUGAAGAAGAAAGAGAGACAGCGUUCAACCAUCAGAGACUCGAACAUGGACGUCUGCCACAGUUUGAUCUUCUUCGUUCUCACUCUGCAGGAUGGAAGCACCGGUCUCGUCAGUGCCCAACUCUCUGUCUAUUCAGGAAUUGAAGGAGAAGAUGUCAGAGUUAAAUGCUCCAUUUCUUCUUAUAGAGGCAGGGAGUUCUUCUCUGACCAAGUCUGACUCAGGACGCUACAGGUGUGGUGCGGAUACAUCUUUGACACGGACUUCAUACGAGUAUAUUGAGAUCAUCGUUGUUAAUGCAAUGCUGGAUGGUGAUCCUUCUGCAGAAAAAACAAUUGAUGCUAGAACUGGAGGGAAUAUUGCAGUUCAAUGCUACUUUACUCGAUAUAGAGCCAAGAAGUACGUCUGCAAGGAAGAAUGUAAAAAAGGAGACAAUCUUGUUGAAACGACUUGGAAAUCAGAUCAGGAAAAUGGCAGAUACAGCAUCAGAUAUACUCCAAUAUUUUCAACUUAUUUUCUGUAUGUGAGCAUCAACCAGCUGACCCAGUCUGACUCAGGAUGGUACAGGUGUGGUCUGGGCAGAACUUCCUCUAACGAUCCAUACCAGAGGUUUAGGCUCAUCGUCACUGAUGGACUUCUUUGUGCCUGCAUCUUUUUGUUCACAGCUCUGACCACUUUUCCACCUUCAUCAUCCGUCUCAUCAGCAUCCUCAACAACAACAAACCAAAGUGAAAGUUCCACAACUACACCAGCCUCCCCUAAAACUACAGAGCACCCUGAAACAACUAAAGGUGUGGUCCUGUAUGUGUUUCUGACUCUGGUCGUCCUGGUCAUCAUGUCAUCACUGUGUGUGCUGGUAUUCUGCAGGAAGAGGAUUUGUAAAGACAAAGGUGAGGAACCAGAACCUCAUGUGGAAACACAAUGUGCUUCUGCACCAGAGGCUGAAGACGACCCGAGUCAACACACCUACUCUGAGAUCAAAUUUGUCAGCGUGAGAUCGUCCCACAGCGGUUUCCACGGUGACGCUGAGUGUGUUAUCUACUCUGUUCCUCAGGUGGAAGCUAGCUCUGAUGAGCCCCCUCUGUACUCUACUGUUAACAACCCCCAAUAACUCUCACACUGAAUUAAGCAGCCGUGUAAAUAUUCUGAAACAGAGAGAUGUUUGUGGGAAUAUGUAAGAUUAUUUAAAGUGGACCUAUCAUGCUAUAUUUGAAUAAUAUAGUGUAGGACCAUACCUA